AUGCCUACCCACGUCCACUCCAUCGCGUCAAAAGACAUCCACUCCCAAAUCCAACACCUAAUCCACGAACUAGUCAACAUCAAAGACACAACCGGCGAAUUCCUAAUGACAAUUCCCUCCGGCGAAAUCAUCGACACAAAAGGCUGGAACGACUGGGAAUGGACCCACGGCGUCGGUCUCUACGGAAUAUGGAAGUACUACGAAAUGACCGGCGAUGACCAAUGGCUCAAGAUCAUAGAGGAUUGGUUCCAGAAGCGCUUCGCAGAGGGUCACAAGGGAAAGAACAUCAACACCAUGGCCGUAUUCUUGACUCUGGCGUACGUUUAUGAAAAGACGGGUAACCCUACUUAUUUGCCUUGGUUGGAUGCUUGGGCUGAGUGGGCUAUGCAUGAACUUCCAAGAACGAAAUAUGGUGGUUUUCAACAUAUUACCUACCUGGAAGUCAACGAGCAGCAGCUUUGGGAUGAUACGCUCAUGAUGACCGUUAUGCCGCUGGCCAAGAUUGGACUGGUGCUUAACAGACCAGAGUACGUCGCCGAAGCCAAAAAGCAGUUUUUGCUGCAUAUCCAGUAUCUCUUCGAUACCAAGACCGGAUUGUUCUUCCAUGGGUGGACGUUCAAGGAGGGCGGUCACAAUUUCGCUGAUGCGCGCUGGGCGAGAGGAAACAGCUGGGUCACCAUCGUCAUUCCUGAAUUCCUCGAACUUAUCGGCCUUAACGACUCCGACCCCAUCGGAUCGCAUCUCAUCUCAACUCUCGACGCACAAGUCGCCGCGCUUGCCAAAACACAAUGCGAGAACGGUCUGUGGCGUACACUUCUCGACGUCCCCGAAGACGAAGGAUCAUACGUAGAAGCCAGCGCAACAGCGGGUUUCGCCUAUGGAAUUCUCAAGGCUGAGCGAAAGAGAUAUAUUAGCAAGGAGUACUCUGAUGUAGCAGUCAAGGCGAUCAAGGCUGUGAUUGAGAACAUUAGUCCUGAGGGAGAACUGUUGAAUACUUCUUUUGGAACGGGGAUGGGUAGUGAUUUGCAGCAUUAUAAGGAUAUUCCUAGGACGAGUAUGCCUUACGGACAGGCUAUGGCCAUGAUGGCUUUGGUUGAGUUUUUGAGGGCGUAUAACUAG